UUCAGCGGCUAACUUGGAACGACGUCCAUGGUUUCGCCCUUGCUCGCCGCGCGCGCGACCACCACGUACUCCCCAUUAAUAGAGCUCAUCAGCGGCAUCCAUGGACAAACAACCUAGCCAGAGACCCAUAAAGAGACAGAGAAAGGGAGGAAGAAGACAACACACCUCCACCGUCCCACGAACGAAGCGAAACCCUGAUCGAGCGAGCUCGACCGCCACCAGGGCAAAUCAAUGGCGUCGCCGUCGCCUUCGUUCCUGCUCCAGCUGGUGCGGUACGUGUCGUCCCUCCCGACCCACUUCAUGCGGGUCAGCACGAGGGCGCUCCCGCUCCAGAUGGAAGGCUCCGGCCGGGCUAUCCGUCCCCUCGCCGCCGCCCCCAAGCCGAAGCCACCGGGUCCGCCGGCGGAAGGCCCCGGCGACAAGGGUGGGAUCAUCCAUGCCGCCUCUCCCGUACCGCGCGAGCUGAUGCGGGCGGCGCCUCAGAGGCAGGGCGCCGGAGGGAUGAUCAAGGCGCCCCAGCGGCCCGGCGCGCCGGCCGAGGGCACCGGCGGCCGCGGCGGGAUCAUCCAUGCUGCCUCUUCUUGAACGGCCUCAAGUCGUCAACAUUUUCGUGAUGAGACGAUAGAACACUGAUGAAGAUGAUCGAUCGAGAGCAAUCGAGAUUCAAGUUUCUCGAAAAUAAAUCGAGAAUUCACUAUUACUGCCGCAGGUGCAUUUUCCUGUUCUACGUACGUACAGCUCGAGAUGUAGGUGAUGCAUGUCCAGUGUACGUACGUGAACGCACCUGCUUCAGGUUCGUAGGAAAAAAAACAGAGGCUGAAUGUCACUGCUAGCUAGUAGCAUAAUCUGCAAAUCCGUCCCGAUAUUUGCAUCAUAUUAAUAUACUCAGCUGUUCAAAUA